GUGCCACAUACAUAGGAAAAUUAUGUUUAGCGGUUUUCCAUGUGGGGAAAGAGUGUGUCUGGACUGACAUUGCAGUGGAGCAUUCAGGACAGAAGAAAUGUUCACAGGGUGUGGAGUGGUCAGCGGCCAGAACCAGUACCUUACCAGAGCCGCUGUCAGGCCCCACCCAGGACUAGAGGUGAACAGACCGAUACAAAUGGAGAAUGGGGUAACCCCAGGGACCUGCUCUGUCUACCAAGAUCAAACUUACAGCAAUGUUGGCCAGCCAGUAGUGGUGAACAAUGUUUCCAGCCCACUGAAGCCAACGCCGCUACCAGUCCCUCCCCCUGCACUCAAACUAGGGCAGGAAGGGUUCAAGAAAGUCUGCCGAACUGAGGAGGACAGCCCCUGUCCCUUUCCAGGACUGGCCUCUGGAGUGCUGGAGAUGCGCGUGAAGGAGGGAAGUAAGAUCCGCAACUUAAUGGGAUUUGCCAUGGCACGGAUGCAGGGAGAGAAGGGUGUAAGUGGGGGAGGUGUGAGUGGUGGGCUCAGGCAGGUGGUCUUCACCGGGUCAGGCCGUGCGGUCACAAAGACCAUCACCUGUGCUGAAAUCAUGAAACGAAAAGUGGGCUCUCUGCACCAGCUGACCAAACUGCGCUACAAGGUGGUGAAAGAGGUGUGGGAGAAUACUGAAGGGGGGACAUCUGAGAUGACGGUGCACAGGACUGUGCCCUCCAUCAGCAUCCUUCUUUCCAAAGACCCACUAGAUCCCCAGGAACCAGGCUAUCAGCCUCCAGAGAUUCUCAGUGCAUUGUGGGAGGAGAGAGAGGGUCUUGAAUCUUCCUCGCAGACAGCAUGCAAGAGACCUCUUGGACCUUUGCCAUACAGCAGUUUCCCUCACUGUAAGAGAGUGUGUUUGGGAGAGGGAGUCUCAGUCCACCCUCCUCACUGACUGGCUGAACCGGUGUCGAACAGUGGAGAGGAUUGAAUCAGAGGAGUUCAUUUGGCGCUGCCCUCCACUCAAGCACAAUGCUGAGACAAUCAGAACAUUCACUCAGACAGAACAGUGCUUUCUCAGAAGAACUGAGUACCAAUUCCAGCCUCCAGAGGUCAGUUUGACUGGGAC